GCUGAGUUUACUUUCACUACUCUGGCAUAUCCUACAUGUUCUAGGCUACAGUAUAUGAUGUUGUCCCUUCCCCAGAGUACACUAUCACCAUGUACGACACCAAGAGUAGAGAGCUCCGCUGGAAUGCCACCUACUUCGACUACGCCUCCACGGUGCCUGACGACGACACCAAAUACAAGAUGGCCCACUUUGUCUCCAAUGGUGACGGGCUGGUGGUGACAGUGGACAGUGAGUCGGGUGACGUCCAGUGGAUCCAGAAUUACAACUCCCCCGUGGUGGCCAUGUACAUAUGGCAGCGCGAGGGCCUGUGCAAGGUGCCGCUCACCAACGUCGCUGUGGAAACGCUGCGCUACCUCACCUUCAUGUCAGGCGAGGUGGGCCGCAUCACGCAGUGGAAGUAUCCCUUCCCCAAGGAGAAGAAGCCCAAGAACAAGCUCAUGUAAGUAGACUGUGUGAUCG